UCCGUUCGCGAUGUGAUUGUACUUUCGCAUUAUGUAUUCUCUUUCUCCCAUUCCACAACAUAUCAUAACAGUGUUGUCUCUCUAGCCUUAAAAAAUUACACUUAAAAGCCUGCGGUCAUAUUAGUGUUGCAAAUAGUAAUAUUAAUCACAUAAAACACGUAUGCUGUGAAAUAUAGUUUGCCAAUAGCUAAACAACGAUGCUGCUAAGCGACAAUGUCCAGAGAGUUGCAACCACGUGGUCUCCGGGCGAUUUAAUAGAUGCAAGCAUCGGCGACGAUGGUUUAGCCGUGAUUCUGCUCAACCGUCCCAUUUGUUUGCAUAAGGAAUAUUUCCGCUCCGUUUGGAAUAAAGCAAAAGUCCGGAUCACCGUUGAUGGAGGAACGAACCGUUGGGUGGAUUUUGUGAAGGAGAACGUGGGUGUAGAGGAACAACUGAAACCACCUGAUCUGGUGACUGGCGAUUUUGACUCGUGCACCGAUGAAUCCAUGUCAUACGUAACGCGAUUGAAUUGUAAGAUAAUUAAAACACCUGAUCAAAAUGCAACGGAUUUCACAAAAUCACUAAAAGUGCUCAAGAGUACCGGUCAUGACAAGGACAUCAAUCGCGUUCUGGUACUGUGCGAAAGUUCCGGUCGAAUAGACCAAAUCAUGGCCAACAUCAAUACGCUGUUCUUGGCUCGCUCCAUCCUGCCCAGUGCGUUUGUAUUUAUCCGAUCGAGUAACUCACUAAGCUGGUUGCUUUCUACUGGAGUCCACCAGAUCGAAAUUCCUCCUCGGUUGGUUCACGAACGUAUCUGGUGCUCUCUAGUCCCCAUUGGACAGCGAGUCGUCUGCACUACCAGUGGGCUGCGUUGGAAUCUGGACAACCGAGUGAUGGAGUUUGGCAGUCUGGUCAGCACAUCGAACACGUACUCCAGCCCGGAGGUGGAAAUUCGAACCGACAGUCCGGUGCUGUGGUCUAUGGGAACGACCCCGAAGGAUAUGUGAUAGUUUUUUAAAUGGGGGUUUUUGUAGACACCACGUAACCAAAAUUUCACGUUUAUUUUAACGAACUUCAACUAGGUGCUUUUAUCGAUUCCGUUAUCUGUAUUCUUGCUGCUUUUUUUUAGACAUAAAUAAAAAUAUUGUUAUGGGACGAAAA